UGGAUGCUGGGUAGCUCUGAUGUGCGGGGAUAUCGGGACCGGGUAACAUUGGCGGUACCUUUGCGAUACUGCAGCUGCAAUGAGCGGACGGGAUAGUGCUAAUUGUUUCGUAACGGUACGAUACCUCGACGUUGAACCCGGAGAUGAAGUGCUAUACGUGGAUAAAUUUGGACCUCCUGAAAGCCAUCCAUCGGAACAAUCAUCCCGCUUACAGACUUGCGAGGGGCAUUUUGGGGGUCUGAUUACCGAUAUUGGUGAGGGAAGCGAAAGGUAAUCCGAUUUCAGAUCUU